AUGGGAAGAGGGUCUUCGUUUGCAAUCGACGAAGAGAUGCUCGCUCUCGUCGUCCCCUGCUCGCCGCCUUCACUGUCGUCGUCGGAAUCCGGCUCGCCGCAGUCAAAGAGAUGCUGCAAUCGACAAGCUUCUUCUACUCGUCGUCAACCACUGCUCGCCGUCUUCACUGUCGUCGUCAGAAUCUGGCUCGCUAGCUGCGUGGAGAGGAUCGAAGGAAGAAUGGUUUCGGCGGUGAGAAGAGGUGAGAAGAAGGUUGCGUGAUUGCACAAGCUUGAUCAAUGCCUUCACCGAGAAUGGCAGAUUGGAGUCGUUUCGGUUGCGACGGAUGUGUGA